CGGGCGGCUAAGAUAUGGAGACAAAAUUUUCUUCUGAUAAUAAUCACGAACAAGGUAUCGAUCAUCUUUUAGUAAAGCAUUCAAAAUACCUGACCGUUGAAGAAUUAUGGGAUGCGGCUGUGAAUUUAAAAUACUCAGAAGAAAGCCUUGAUGAUCUCAAGAAAGAUCUCGACUCGAUGAAGAAGCUGGAUGAUGCACUGUGCCAGUACUCCAAAAAUUCCUUGGACGCUACCUUUGAACUCAACGCAUCGCGUAUUCGUGUUUAUGACUCGGUACUCAAGGUUCCCUCAGACUUGUAUGGUAGCGUAUUUACUGCUAAUCAGCAAUGCGACAUGCAGAAUUAUGCCGAUUUGAAGCAGGAUCCCACACACUUGCAUGAUAAGGAAGCUGUUGAAUUACUUGUGAAGCUGAGAUCAGAAUUAGAUGAAAUAGAGGCCAAAGCCUAUAUAGAAAGUGAAAAACAGGGUUAUCUUUCGCAGUUGGAUAUAGUGGUCUGUACUCUGUACGUAUAUCAGUGAGAUGCAAAAAAAGCUGGAGCAGAUAAAGAGGGUGACAAUGUGGGAUGACAUGCUGAAGGAAGAAAACCGAGUGAGAGAAAACAUAGAUGUAAUAGCCCCUGUUCCAGUCAGUGUUGCAACUGUUGUUGAAAACUCUCCUGUUGCAAGUAGGACUCCUGGAUCCAUUGGCCGAUCUGCUCUAAUUUCUGGAAAUGCUCCAAUUUCUGAAAGGACUAGAAGCAAGAAACUAAAGACAUGAUUAUUGUAGAUUGGCGUAAAUGUUUGUGCUAUGAAAUGGGGAAACGGUGGAGCGGAAUUAUGUUAGGUUUGUUUGUUGUUUGUUUUGUUAGCAUGUUGAAUUAUGCUUUCAUCAGUUGGGCAAGAGUGCAAUGCCGAGAGGAGAUAAGUCUUAUCAACCUCCAGCAUUAUCUUCAUAUGAACAUCAUAUACUAACUGCAUUAUCUGAGCUAGUGAGGUAAUGCAAAUAUGGGCUGAUGGUAAUUGGUAAGAAUCAGCAGUAAUG